AUGGGCCCUGAGAGGACCAAAUAUUGCGACUUGUGUCAACAAGACAUCAAACCUCGUGGUUAUACUACUCACCGCAAGGCUUGCGAGAAGAGAGCCGAAAAACAACGGCAAAAUCAAGAUUUUGUCGAUUCUAUUCGAGGGCGCACAGUGGGUCCCUCAAAUCCACAACAGAUAACUGUAACGGGUCCAGGAGACCGUACUGAUACAGCGUCUCGACCGGGAGGGCAACGCAAUAUCUCACCAGGCGCUUGGAAUGAUUUAAAUGAUGUGGAGUACCAAGAACCUCCCUCGUUUCUCGACGCUGAUGUCCCUGAACGCGUGGAUCCCAUGUUCCAGGUCGACGACAUCAAGUGUGAAUAUCAUCCCAGUAGCGGGAUCGCACCAGAAGUACACGCCUUCAACGAAUUCAAACACCAUCCAACGCCAUUAGCAUCUUCUGUGCCACCAAGUAAAUGUCCUUGGGCUCCAUUCAAGUCGCGAUUGGAAUUUGAGAUUGCUGAUGUAGGAGACGCCCAGGCUGCAGCCCCGUACGGCACCAUUUCCCCCUUACCGGACGAAGUCAUGCCUACCUUCCACAGGCCGUUGCGGACCAUCACACGAGGUUGCGGAAUCCACGCAUCACAUCGCAUCGCAACGUACCGUCCGUCCAUAUCCUGUCCGUAUCUGUCAGUUCCCACUGGUGCGUUCUUAUCUCUUAUUACUGGAUCCUGA